ACGGUUCUAACGUCAGUCGCCUUUCAACAGCGGCUUUGUGUGUAUACCUCUAUUCCGCUCUGCAAGACGAAGCGAACUUUCGUGAAUAAACGGCCGAGGCGAAAUAUGACAACCGUCCCAGCGACAGUUCUUAGCACUUAGCCGACAAACCGAGAUAUGAACCAGCAGGCCGUCUGCUGCCUCGUCGUCCUUUUGGUCGCCCUGGCCAGCGCCAAAGUGGACUUCUGCGAGGACAACCAGUUACCCAGUUCGAAAAAGUCGCCGACACUCCAGUUCACCAAGGAGCAGAGCGUCUGGGAAUAUGCAGUCGACUCAAAAUUCAAAAGCCUCCACUGCUGCGCCAAAGGAUACCUGAGCAUAGAAUGGUUUAAAGACGGCAAAGCUUAUCCAUGGCCAGGAGACGUAUCUUCUUUCAUUAUCUACCCCGAAUCUGAAAACCAAACAAUCUACACAAAAGCGUUGAGAGCGAGCGACGCCGGAAAUUAUUCCUGCAGGAUUCACAACGACACGCAACAUUUCCUCCACAUCACUGAGCUCAAAGUGUUCGACAGUUCCGGUUAUAUGGAAAAGCCCCUGGCGACCUACAGACCGCCAGCCAUCUCCUCUGCAGUGAUCGGCGAAGAAAAACGAGUUUUCUGCGAGGCUUUCGUAGGAGAUAUCGACCUGCCUGAUGCAACAAGUGAAGUUUCAUGGUUGAAGAAAGGCAACAGCACAUUGGAAAACCCUCAUAUCAAAGUUGAGCAAGUUCAAAGGGAAAAUGGGCAGAUUGUCGGAGCUUAUUUAAUAAUAAGCAAAGUUGAGUGGUCAGACCUUGGCACAUACACGUGUACGAUCAGCAACACAGGGGACCAGAAAAUUAUGAUGGAAACUCAUUUGAAAGUUUUCACAGAAGGGUCUGAACAGCAUUGCUUCCAGAACCAUAAAACACUCAUAGUCGUUGCUUUCAUACUGAGCCUACUGUGUUUGGCAGGCUUGUACAUCUUUACAUUUUUUAAAAGGAAUGAUACAACUUUAAAUAGGCUUUGGAUGAAAAUGACAGAAAAUGCUCCAUUCAAUAAGCAGAGCAGGUUCAAAUCUGGUAUUGUCAUCAUCCAUGCUGAAAACGAUGGAGCAUUUGUGGAAGAAGCGAUUUCCCCAUUAGUCAAGGCUCAAACUGGAUUUUUUAUCUUCACUCAAAAAGUUAACAACAAUAAUGAGCUUUUUGAAGAGACAAAAGAACUUUGUAGGAAUGUUCAAAGGACAAUAAUUAUUCUAUCACGAAAUUUGACAAAUGAAUGGAGUCGAGAAGGAAUCAACAGAACUUUGGGGAACCUCAUUAUGAAAGAGCCAACUUACCUUGUGGUCCUUCUCGAAUCUCUUCCAGAACCAGAGGACAAGCUUACAGUUCCAUACUUCGAAAAGGUGAGCAACAAGUUUAAUCUUCUUCUGUGGGAUGAUGCUUCCACUGGAAACCACAUAUUUUCAACAAAUGAUCAAGCUCCCCAGCCUAUACUCCACCGCUUGGAACACAGAGAACCACAUUCCCCAUUUGAUAUUUUUCAUCUUAGUAGGAACAGAUCUUCUGAAGUACAUGUCUAAUAUGUUCUAUUAGCCAAUAAAUCUUCCAUUACUUCACAAAGUGAAUAUUGUUCUUUUUCUCUUUAAUAUAUAUAUUUUGUGUG